AACUGGAACCAAACCAAAACAGAGUCUCUACCCUGGCUCAGUGAGGAUGAUAUAAAAAAGAUGGCACUUCUCUCCAGAGGCACAGUGUUGAGUAAAGCCAGGCUUCUGGGCCAUGGACAAGUCCUUCAGGUUAGAUUUGGUGAGAAAAAAGACAUAUUUGUCCCUACAGGGGACAAUCGUAUUACAGGCUGUGAGACAGGAAGUUGUGCACUCAUAAAACGUCCCAAUGACUGGUUCGAAGUGUUUGCCUUUCACCUGGACAGAGUUCUGGGUCUAAACCGGAGCUUGCCCGCAGUGUUGAGAACUUUCCACAGUGAGAUUCUACCUUACAAAUACACCAAUGGGUCUCCUAGACCAGUGAUCUGGUGGGAUCCCAGCAUAAAACAUCUGUCAGAUGCUGAGAAUGACCAGAACUCUUUCUCACUUACUUGGACACAGUAUCAGACUCUACUUCAGAGCAGGUGUGGUACUCGGGUGCCACUUAACUUUACAAGCUGUUUGGGAGUUCAUCAUUCAGAGUGGGGGCGGCUAGCCUUGUUUGACUUCUUGCUUCAGGUGAAUGACAGACUAGACCGGUCUUGCUGUGGUUUCAAACCAGACCCAUCAGAACUCUGUGUAGAAAACCUUCUGCAUGUCAAAUGUGGAAACCCAAAGGACUUAAAUUUGGUGCACAUCUUGGUUCAGAAGACAGAACCAUCCAGACUGGUCUUUAUUGACAAUGCAGGAAGACCUCAUCAACCACAGGACAACCUCAACUUCAGACUGCUUGAAGGUAUUGAUGAGUUUCCAGAGCGGGCCGUUUCAGUGCUGCAAUCAGGAUGUCUGGAGAGGAUGCUCCUUCGCUCCCUAUCUGUGGAUCGGGAAUUCUGGGUGAGCAGAGGAAAAGCAUCCGGCCUCAAAUCUAUCAUCCGGCACGUAGAGCAAAGAGCCAAGGCCCUCCUCCAGUAUAUACAAAAGAAGAAACUGCGACUCAGCAGAGAUCUUUAACUCUCACAUGAAGAGAUUCUCUUAUAUUGUAAAAACAAUUACUGAAUUCUUAGGAGACAAAAUGUUUAUGGAAAUAUUUUGCUUUGAUUUUAAUCAUCCUGUUUCAUUUAUGCAAUUUUGUUCAUUAAGUCUUGUUGUGUUGUGCUGUUUAGAAAGUCAUGCAAACUAUGCAAGACAGCUAAAAUGAGAAGAGCUGGUGCGUUUUGCAUGUAUUUUUGAGUCGAUUUCCUUAAUCAGGGUUGACAAUCCUUGAACUGUGAUUAAGUGAUACUUAUAGUGUCUGAGAGAAGACACUCCAGAUGGUCAUUUGCAAAGCAGGACUCAUGCAGAGGCCCGUCACUGUGAAGAGACUUAGACUAUGUGCUAACCAGACAUAAUGCAAUAAGAUUUCAACAACAAGCAAUUUGUCUUUCUAUGUUGAAUGUUAAUGUGCUGUCGAUGGCACACAGUUACAGUCAAUUAGAAUAUAUGUAAUAUUUCAUGUACAGUUAUGAGGGGUGAAAUUUUGGUCUAAUGAUGUUUCAUAUAGCGGGAGGCUGAUGUCGCACAGUCUGUCGCUUAUUUAUUUUGUGGUCACGGCUGAACUGGACAAAACCAGAAUUUACAUGGAAGAAAUUAAGCUUUGUA